AUGUCGAAACUGCGGAUAUUCCUACACUGCCGUGGAGGCACGAGAAAUCCAUUCACCGUCGUGUAUCCUCAAUUUCGCUCAUUCUCCAGCAGCCGUUCCCAAUGUCGAAUCAACAAAUUCUGGACCUCGCCCUUCAAAGCUGUCGCCGACAUCAAGAGUGGCGACACGGUCCUCGUCGGCGGGUUUGGGUUAUCUGGAGUGCCCAUGACACUGAUCAACGCCCUUCGCGACCACCCUGAAAUCAAGGAUCUUACAGUAGUCUCCAAUAAUGCUGGGAUGCCAGGCAUAGGGCUCGGCCAACUGCUGGACACGAAGCAAAUCAGCAAGAUGAUUGCCUCGUACGUUGGGGAAAACAAAAAGUUCGAGUCCAUGUACUUGUCCGGCGAACUCUCCUUGGAGCUCACGCCGCAGGGAACAAUGGCCGAGAGAUGUGCAGCCGGAGCAGCUGGUGUACCUGCAUUCUACACACCAGCCGCGUUGGGAAGUAUAGUGCAGACGGGAGAGCUUCCAGUGCGGUACAAGCCCGACGGCUCAGUUGACCUCAUGUCCAAACCUCGCGAGACACGCAGCUUCAGAGGCAAGGACUAUCUGUUGGAAGAAUCAAUCUUUGGAGACGUCGCGCUGAUCAGAGUCGACAAGGCUGAUCGGAUGGGUAAUUGCCGGUUUCGAAAAGCACAGAACAAUUUCAAUGAGGCCAUGGGGAAAAAUGCAAAGCUGACAAUCGUCGAAGCGGACCACCUCGUUGAGGCUGGAGACAUCGCCCCCGAGGACAUUCACCUACAGGGUAUCUAUGUUGAUAGAGUCAUACAAGCGACGGUGCCCAAGGAAAUCGAAAAGUUCACAUUUGCCAAAAGUCCCGAGGAGCAGUUGCGGCAAGUGGAUGCUGCAUCGGCCCGCAGAGAGCGUAUCGUGAAACGAGCAUCCAAGGAGCUCAAGGACGGAAUGUAUGUCAAUCUCGGCAUCGGUAUGCCUCUGCUGGCACCAAACUUUGUUCCCGAAGGUGUCGAAAUCGUGCUUCAAUCGGAAAACGGCAUCCUGGGAAUGGGCAGAUACCCAGAUCCUGGACAAGAAGACCCGGAUCUCAUCAACCCGGGCAAGGAGACCAUCACGCUGAGUCCCGGAGCGUCGGUCUUUGGGAGCCAUGAGAGCUUUGGAAUGAUCCGAGCCGGGAAAAUCAAUCUGACUAUGCUGGGGGCACUGCAGGUCAGUGCAAAUGGAGAUCUGGCAAACUUCAUGCUUCCAGGUAAGGUGAAAGGGAUUGGAGGUGCGAUGGACUUGGUGGCCAACCCACAGGAGACCAAGGUUGUCGUUCUCAUGGACCACGUGGACAAGAAAGGAAACCCCAAGAUCCUUCCUGCCUGCACAUUUCCCUUGACUGGGAAGCGAUGCGUCUCCCGAAUCAUCACCGAUCUUGCUGUUUUUGAUGUUCAACCGGACGGGCUGGUCUUGAUAGAGGUGGCCGAGGGAAGCAGUGUGGAGGAAGUCAGAAGCAAAACAGGUGUUGCAUUUACUGUUGACGAUGAUCUGAAAGCAUUCUAG